UGAAUGAGAGACCCAUUAAUUCUUUCCACAGGAACAUGAUGAUCCUAUGGCUUACAUCCACUUCACUGCUGAAGGAGAAGUAACAUUCAAGUCUAUCUUGUUUGUUCCCAACUCGGCUCCACGUGGCUUGUUUGAUGAAUAUGGAUCCAAAAAAAGUGAUUUUAUAAAGUUAUAUGUCCGGAGAGUGUUCAUUACUGAUGACUUCCAUGACAUGAUGCCCAAAUACCUCAACUUUGUGAAAGGUGUUGUUGACUCUGAUGAUCUUCCUCUGAAUGUAUCCCGUGAGACACUACAGCAGCAUAAAUUGCUAAAGGUUAUUAGGAAGAAAUUAGUCCGUAAAACUCUUGACAUGAUCAAAAAAAUUGCUGAAGAAAAGUACAAUGAUACAUUUUGGAAAGAAUUUGGUACUAAUAUAAAACUUGGAGUGAUUGAGGAUCACUCCAACCGUACUCGGCUUGCUAAACUUCUUCGCUUCCAAUCUUCUCAUCAUGAAAGUAACCUUACUAGUCUGGACCAGUAUGUAGAAAGAAUGAAAGAGAAACAAGACAAAAUUUACUUCAUGGCAGGUUCGAGCCGAAAAGAGGCUGAAUCUUCACCAUUUGUGGAACGUCUUCUGAAAAAAGGUUAUGAAGUGAUAUAUUUGACUGAACCUGUAGAUGAGUACUGCAUUCAAGCUUUGCCUGAGUUUGAUGGUAAGAGGUUCCAGAAUGUUGCUAAGGAAGGAGUGAAGUUUGAUGAAAGUGAAAAAUCUAAGGAGAGUCGGGCAGCCUUGGAAAAAGAGUAUGAGCCACUCUUAAAUUGGAUGAAAGAGAAGGCACUGAAGGACAAGAUUGAAAAAGCUGUGCUGUCUGAACGCUUAACUCAGUCUCCGUGUGCGCUUGUGGCUAGCCAAUAUGGAUGGUCUGGCAACAUGGAAAGAAUUAUGAAAGCUCAAGCAUACCAGACUGGCAAAGAUAUCUCUACAAACUACUAUGCUAGCCAAAAAAAGACACUUGAAAUUAACCCUAGACAUCCAUUGAUUAAGGACAUGCUCAGACGCAUUAAGGAAAAUGAAGAUGAUAAAACAGUUGCAGAUCUUGCUGUGGUGUUGUUUGAAACUGCAACUCUAAGAUCAGGCUAUAUGCUACCAGACACAAAGGAAUAUGGAGAUCGAAUAGAAAGGAUGCUACGUCUAAGUUUAAACAUUGACCUUGACGCAAAGGUAGAGGAGGAACCAGAGGAAGAACCUGAAGAUGUAACUGAAGAAGCAGAGGAAGAAGAGGAAGUAGAAGCUGAUUCUGAAGAGAGUGAAACACAGAAGGAAUCCACAGAUGUGAAAGAUGAACUGUAAACUUCAUUUUCACAACUAGCAUCCUAUGUCUGGGGUGAGGAGGGAAUGUGAAUUAGAUUGUUCUGUUGUUUUCACUGUAAAAUGUUGAGGGGGUGGUGCGGGAUUAUGGGCAGAGGAGAAUUUUUUUUAAGUUGAAUUUUUUAAAACAUUCCUCACGAAUGUAAAUUUGUACUAUUUAACUGACUCUUCUUGAUGUAAAAUCUUGUCAUGUGUACAAAAUAAAAUGUUCCCAAACACCAUGUAACUAAA